CCCGUCCUACGUCUGUAAACCCCCCUUUGUUCUUCUCUGAAUUGAAACUUCGGCUUCAUUGUUCUGCUUCUCCUGCAAUGAUAACUUCGACCCGCAGGUGGUUACGGCGGAAUCGCACCAAUUUUGCCAUCGGGGCGGGCGUCCUGGGCGCGGGCUAUCUGGCGGGUCAGUAUGUGCUGGGGAAAGUGUCAGAGGCACGACAGCGGAUGAGCGACGAGCGGAUAGCGAAGGAGAAUCUUCGUCGACGCUUCGAACAGAACCAGGAAGACUGUACAUUCACCGUCCUCGCCAUCCUCCCCACCGCGACCGAGAAUAUCUUGGACGCCAUCCCCGUGGAGCAGAUACUCGACGAAUUGCAGAAGCACAAGGCGGAGAGACUGGCCAGGAGCGUGGGGCCGUCGGAGAUAGCGUCUUCCGCCCCGCCGAGUGUGACGGAUGACGAUGGCAAGAGCUUGACCAGCUUCCAAAGCGAGAGCUACGUCCAUGCCAGCCAGAUGGAGGGACAAGCCGAGAGCUCUGAGGGUGGUGCCGAAGCCACGCCUCAGCCAACGCCUCAGCCGUCGCCGAAGCCGAAGAAAUCGAAGGCGCAGCUGUGGAACGAGAUGAAGAUCAGCUCUAUCUCGAGAGCAUUCACUUUACUAUAUACAUUGUCCCUGCUUACGCUCCUCACGAGGAUACAGCUUAACCUUCUCGGGAGGCGGAAUUAUCUCGCCAGCGUUGUGUCACUCGCCUCCCCACCCACGCAGGAGUCCAAGAUAAGCCUGGAGAACCACGAUGACGACAACUUCGAGCACGCAUACGGCAAUGACUUCGAGACAAAUCGACGAUAUCUCUCGCUGAGCUGGUGGCUGCUGCAUCGGGGGUGUAUUGAGUUGAUGCACAAGGUUACAGCUGCCGUGAAGGAAGUGUUUGGAAGUGUGAAUCCGAGGGAAGAGAUUACCCUGGAAAAGUUGUCAGAGCUUACUCUAGAGGUGCGGAAGAAGAUUGAGGGGGCGACUGAGGAGGAAAGGAGAAGUUGCAAAUGGCUCCGCUAUCUCCUGCCUUCACAAGACCAGGAGGACUACGUCCUCCAGGAAUCAGGCAUGACAAAUGCCUCCAGCGCCCCCGCCUCUCCAUCUCUCCGCCGCCUCAUCGAUGAAACCUCAGAUCUUAUCGACUCUCCAUCGUUCACCCACGUCCUCACGCUUCUCCUCGACUCGGCCUUCUCCCACCUCAUCGACACUAAAAUCUCCCAGCUGUCGUACAAGAUCCCACCCACGUCCGCUUCCCCGGCGCGCAUUCAAGAGAUUGUUGGUGCGGAUGCUAAAGCGAAGGUUGCGAAUAGCCUUGCUGUCUUCUGCAGACAGGCGCAUAGCAUCGGCAGUGGUGCGAAUAACGAAUACCUUGCUGCUAUUGAGCAAGUCCGCGACCUCGAGGCUUUCGCUGCUGUGGUGUAUAGCAGCAAUUUUGAAUUCGAGACUCCGGAUGGUGGAUCAACUGAAGCAGGAGGUGCAAGUAGACCUAUGACGGCGGCGGGAUGGGAUAGCCAGGUAGGAAGCGUCAGGACGAGUUUUGCAGGCACGGGAUUGGAGAGCCAGGUCGGAAGUGUGAGGACGAGUUUUGCAGGCGCGGACAGUGGUUUUGAGUCUGCGUGGGGAAAAGCUUUGGCGAAAGAGGACGUGAAAAAGGUGUAACCAGUCUCCAGUUGUUAUUAUCUUUGUUGUAUGAUAUGUCUAUUGAUUAAGAUUGAUGGAUGGAUUCGGAUAGGGGAUAGUGAAGAUACCCUGGUGGGAUGAUAUUCUUAAUGGAAUCGUCACGGCCCUGCUAUUUUCCGAUCCAGGAUGGAGGAAUUGUGGCAUGUGAGUUUAGCUAGGGAUACAGUUUUAGAUUGCUAGUAUUAUGUAAUGAAGUCUAGUC